AUGUUCGCCAAAUUAGCUACAGAACGGAUUUUCUCACGUAAUGUGAUCAACCGGUUUUCGACAUCGACAUCUGUAUACGGUGUGAGGGUGGGUAACCAAUUUAAAGGAGCAGAUGUAGGACACCACCUCAAUGAUUACGAUCUAUUUGCCACUUUGGAUAAACCCGAGAAUAAUAUUGAGAUGAUUUCGAAGGAUGCGGUGAUAUUCUCGAAUAUGAAGGUGAUAAAAUCACCGAAUAAGAAGAGGGAACCGAUUGGCGCACUACUAAUUAACAACCAGAUUCUAGAGGUAAAUCUAAAGAAGUGUCAUUUCACUAAUAAUGAUGUAGUGUUUCACAUGGAUGCAGAAUUAGGAGAGUUAUUUCGAAUAAUAUAUCCGAAGCCGGAGUUAUUGGUACUCGGAUUGGGCAAAAAGACAAGGCUUGUGUCCAAAGAGACCCGACAAUGCUUCAACAAGUUGGGUAUAAGAUUGGAGACCAGUGAUACCAGAUACUCUGCCCUUAACUAUGAUAUGUUGGCUACAGAGAGGACGCCCAUGCUUGUAGCAGCGCUAAUAUUACCACCAAAUUAUUAA